GAUCUAUGUCGUAAACUGGAAUUUACAUCAUCUCUUGCUUUCCAUGGUAAACGACUCAUAAAUCACCUAAUAAGAACCGUAGAAUCCCUUGUGCAAGACUUCUGCUCCACUCUAUGCUACAUGGAACUCAAUUGCGUCAGCUACAACGAGGUAGUGAUUAGCAGCUCUCCGACAAUUACUAAAUGUGAACUGAAUAAUUCCACGCACAAUGAACAUCCCCAAGAUCUCAAGCCCUGGGCAAAUUACAGCUAUGGAGGAACAAUGGUCAGUGUAUUCUUAAGCAAGUGAGGCCUUCCCUUCAUUAGUUUCCCUUUGUAUUGUUAAUUGAUAAAUUCUCCAACGGCUCUCCUUUGAGCUCUUCAAUAGCUCUCCGUCCAUCACUAAAUGCGAGCUGAAUAAUGCCACACACAGUAAACAUCCUCAGGACCUUAGGCCCUGAGUGAACUACAGCUACAGAGGAACAAUGGUCAGUGCAUUCUUAACCGAUUUACCCAUCAUGUCAUAAUUUCUUUUAUAGUAAAUUUCCACUUAUCAAGUUAUUCACAUGGUAGUUCAUUGGCUGACCGUUUUCCUGUAAUCACCAUAGAUUACAUUUCAACUGUAAUUUCAAAUUAUCGUAACCAUUUGCUUCUCUCAUUUACAUACUUUUGCGCUCAACCCCUCUCACGACACUUGUUAGAACACUUGUGGACAAACUCCUUGCCAACACGAUGGGACUUGUCAGACUGGAUUUACAGACAAAGGGUAUAGAUGUCUUUGCCCAAAAGGAUACGAAGGCAGCAAUUGUGAGAUAAUUAAUGGUAUGUAAAACGCUUUACUCCAUGAAAAAACUUUAAAUGAGAACAAAUUUUGGUUAUCUAUCGAUGAAUCAAGCCCCAUCCAAAAGUCCCUUUUUAUCCCUCUCUGCCUCUCUGCACUCUAAGUCUGUUUGUCUUCCUUUUCUUUUCCAGCAGCUGCCGUCUUGCCAUCUAACUUGAUCAUCAUCCUGUUUGUAUAUUUUUUUGUAAAAAAUCAAGAAAGCCAUCACAAAUCUACUGAUUUUUUUUUUCCAGCCAUGGGAUGGAUACAGAUGCCGCCGUCUACAGUUUGCUUUGGCGCCAAAGAUGAUUCGUAUGGUAUCUUUAGAACAGCCAUUUCAGGUAACAUCACUACAUUCAAAUUAACAUACCAACAUGGUCAUGUUACCUGUCAUGAAGCGGACCCAAGCUAUCAGUCCAAGUGGGGUUGCCUUUGGCCUCCUCUCAUUCCUAACCAAAUGGCCACUUUGAUAACUGACAAUGACCGUAAUCUCCUCCUGCCUACUAACGAUUACCGAUCAAAUUUUUUGGGAUGUACGUUUUACAGCUUUCCUUGGGCCACAACGGAAUCGCCAGAUCUGCUCUUCGAUAACUUUUCUUCCCCGCUGAUGGUGGAGUCGAACCAAGAAUUCCAAAUCUGGUUCAGUGAGGACUUAUUAAGAUGGGGCCAUUCUGAUAACGGAUUGGAACGAACAUGUGUUGCAGUGUAUGGUCUGUAUGUUUGA